AUGAGCCUCACCGAGUCGCCGUCGCCGUCGCCGUCUCCGUCGUCGUCGAGCGGGAGCGACGACUUCGCGGCCCUCCUCGCCUCCGAGCUCGAGCUCGCCUCCGGUGCUGACUCCGCCUUCCCUAGCGAUCCCUCCUCCGCUUUCCCCGCCACCGACGACGAGGGCGAGGACGAGGAUGAGGAUGAUGAUUCGGAGGAGCUAGAGGUCGGGGCAUGUCCACAUCUUGGAUAUAUAAAUGGACUUUGCUAUACAUGUGGCAAUCCACAAGACGAGGAAGAUGUUUCAGGAGUUGCUUUAGAUUACAUCCACAAGGGCUUGAGGCUAGGUACCUCAGAAAUUGACAGACUACGUUGUGCUGAUUUGAAGAAUCUGUUGCGUGAAAGAAAAUUAGUACUCAUUUUGGACUUGGAUCACACACUGAUCAACUCAACCAAACUCCAAAAUAUUUCUUCUGCUGAAAAAGAUUUGGGUAUUCAGACUGCUGGUUCAAAAGAUGAUCCAAACGGAAGCAUCUUUGCACUAGAAUCAAUGCAGUUGCUCACAAAGUUGAGACCAUUUGUCCGAGAAUUUCUCAAAGAAGCAAGCAAUAUGUUUGAGAUGUAUAUAUACACCAUGGGUGACAAAGCUUAUGCCAUUGAAAUUGCUAAGCUUCUUGACCCUAGUAACAUCUAUUUCCCUUUAAAAGUGAUUUCAAACUCAGAUUGCACUCAGCAGCACCAGAAAGGUCUUGAUGUGAUUCUUGGAGCUGAAAGUGUUGCAGUGAUUCUUGAUGACACUGAGUUUGUGAUCAAGGCGGUACGGAAGGAAAUACUGCAAGGUUGCAAAAUAGUCUUCAGUCGGGUGUUCCCAAACAAUACACGCCCACAGGAGCAGAUGAUCUGGAAGAUGGCCGAGUAUCUGGGUGCCGUUUGCUCUACAGAUGUGGAUUCCAGUGUCACCCAUGUUGCAACUGUGGAUCUAGGAACAGAGAAGGCCCGCUGGGGUGUUGACAACAAGAAGUUCUUGGUCCACCCACGCUGGAUUGAAGCAGCAAAUUUCCGGUGGCAUAGGCAACCGGAGGAAGAUUUUCCUGUCACUCCCCCGAAGGAAAAGAGCAGAGAGAAAGAUAAUGCUGUGGCUGGCAAGAAGAAAACGAGCAAGGAUAAGGAGAAUGCUGCAGCUGGCCAGAUGGAAACGAGGAAGGACAAAGAAGAAAAUGCUGUGGCUAGCCAGAAGGAAACGGGGAACGAUGAAGGAAAUGUAGCCGGUCAGGAGAAAGAUGAUGCCAAAGAAAACGUUGUGGCCACAUCUACAACAGGCCCUGCUGACUCGUAA